CUGACCGCAGGUUUGAGGAAGUCUUGAGGCUUUAACACACUCUGUUUCUUUAACUGUCAUCAUUCAGUCAGCAUGGAGCUCAGUCAACUUCCUCUUGUGCUCUUGCUGAUUUCAAACAUCCACUCUCGACAAACUGAAGAUAUUCCCAAACCAACUCUGAUUGUUGAGCCACAGAGUUCACUGUUCACUGGAGACUCAGUUACUCUGAGAUGUGAGGUGGAUCAGUCUUGGGAUGGAUGGGAGUUUAUCUGGAGAAAAGGCUCAAACACUGAAUCUACUGAAGCUGCAAAUAAAACAAUCAAUUCACUGAAAGUCUCUAAUGGAGGAGAGUACAGGUGCAGAGCACAAAGAGGAGGACUUUACACAAAUUACAGUGAACCAGUAACAGUGACAAUAAACGAUUUCCUCAAACCAACUCUGAUUGUUGAGCCACAGAGUUCACUGUUCACUGGAGACUCAGUUACUCUGAGAUGUGAGGUGGAUCAGUCAUGGGAUGGGUGGGAGUUUAUCUGGAGUAGAGACUCAAACACUGAAUCUACUGAAGCUGCAAAUAAAACAAUCAAUUCAGUGACAGUCUCUGAUGGAGGAGAGUACAGGUGCAGAGCACAAAGAGGAGGACUUUACACAAAUUACAGUGAACCAGUAACAGUGACAAUAAACGGCAAACCAAAAGUCAAAGUGAGCAUUAAACCUGAUCAACAUGUAUUCAGAGGAGAGACAGUCACUCUCAGAUGUGACAUUGAUGGUGAAGGAGUCUCUUGCUGGAAGUACAGCUGGUAUAAAGACGGUUCAGACAGUGUUUUCAGUGAACUACAGGAACACACAUUCAGUUCUGUUACUGAGUCUGACGCAGGUAAAUACUCCUGUUAUGGAGCCGAGAGAGGAGGAUCACGAACAUCACACAUCAGUGAUGAAGUUACACUUACAGUAUCAGAUAAACCCAGACUAGUUUUAAGUGUUGCUCCACAGAAGUGGUUGACUGAAGGAGAUCCAGUGACUCUGAUCUGUGAGGUUAACGGCUCCUCUACAGGCUGGACAUUCAGCUGGUUUAAUGUUACUGCUUCAUCAGACUACAGGAAUCGUCAUAAGCUGCUCUCAGACAGCAGCAGAGGAGCUGGAGGAAACUACACGGUCAGUUCUGCUGCUCCUAAUCACACAGGAGUUUAUGUGUGCAGAGCAGAGAGAGGAAAACCAGCCUAUAGCACAUGGUACAGCAACAAACAACCACUAUGGGUCACUGGUGUUUCUCCUCCAGUCUCUCUGAUCAUCAGUCCCAGCAGAACUCAACACUUCACAUCUGUCUCUCUCUCUCUGAGCUGUGAGGACCAGAGUAACUCUGAAAGAUGGAGAGUGAGAAGAUACUCUGACAUUUGGGGACUGGAAGAUUGUUCAUCAUCACUGUGGGGAUCACAAACAGGAUCUACAUGUAGAAUCAGCUCCACCAGCAUAUCACACACUGGAGUGUACUGGUGUCAGUCUGAAUCUGAGAUCAGUCAUCCUGUUAAUAUCACUGUACAACUUGGUGUGAUUCUGGAGAGUCCUGUUCAUCCUGUGACUGAAGGACAUUCUCUGACUCUGCGCUGUUUAUAUAAACAUUCAACUCCACCAAUCCUCAGAGCUGAUUUCUAUAAAGAUGGAUCACUCAUCCAGAGUCAAACUACAGAGAUGAUCAUCUCUACUGUCUCAAAGUCACAUGAGGGUUUCUACUACUGCAAACACCCAGAGAGAGGAGAGUCACCCAAGAGCUGGAUCUCAGUCACAGCUUCCUCCACAACAUCAGAAUCUGAUGGUCCCAAUCCCAUGAUAAUUGGAGUGACCGCAGGACUGACUGGGACAUUUCUGAUCAUCAUAUUCUUGGUCCUGUUGUGGCAAUACAGAAACAACAAAGGUGUAAGAUCUCAGUCUUCCUCUAGUGUUAGUCAACAGCAAAACAGCAGUCAGACAUCAGAACAGAACCAGAGUCAAGCGGGAAACAACACACUGCUGUCUGGAACUGCUCAUAUUUAUGACUCUGUUGAUGCAACAAUUAAUAAAGACUUCAGCACAGAUAGUGUAAGUGAACCUACUGACGUCACCUACGCUGAGAUUGAACUCAAAUCUACAGAGAAACAGAAGAAAAAUAAAGAAAACAAAGGGAAAACCAGUGAAGUUUCUGACACCGUUUACUCUAAACUGAACCUGGUGACCCAUCAAGGUGCUGGAUCUAGUGAUGUGACGUAUGCUCAGGUUAAUAAAUGCCCAGAGGAGAAACUUUCAGUCCCAGGACGCUGGUGAGUUUAGGUGGAGAAGAGCUGGAGAAUGAGUAGAUCAUCAGUGCUUUUAUCAUCUCUGUGAUACUGAGAAAUUGAUGGCAAUAUCUGU